AAUAAUAAUAAUAAUAAUAAUAAAAUAUACAUGAAUAAAUAUAAAGGGGUGGGCACUUUGCCACAAACCCCCAUUUAAUUUCAUUUCAACUUUUAAAGCCUCCCUUGCACGACCUCCACAGACACAAUCUCUGCUCCCAGCCCCGGUGAAAAUAAAACUACCACCCCAGCACUAACGUUAGAGCCGUGACUUAAAAUCACCUUCCCCUUCCACUCCGACAGCCAGUGUGCUUCAUUACUGCUGUCAGAGUGAGUCUCUUGCAGUAAAAUACAAUUCGUCUUUUUUGACUCAAUAAAAUCAAAUAACUGGGCUCUCUUAUUAACAUCACAGCAGCCACUUUCAUUAAAAGAGCUUAAAGUAAACUUCUCCAUGGAGGAUGACACAUAAAACAUGACAAUAAAUAACAGAAAACAAGGGUAAAAGCUAUACAAGUGACUUGAUCCAUUUAAAAGCUUUUUGAUUCGCCCAUCAUUUUUCUAGCAGUGCUCACAAACUUUUUCAAACUAAAUCUCUUUUUUCUAUCAAACUCAACUACUGUCGCUUUUAUUAAACUACAUUAGCCAUCGUACCAGUAUAUAGUGAGGGAAUAGCAGAGCGUAGGUUGGAGACCCGAGCUGACCGGUUUAGCGGUGGUCGGGGACGCUGCAUGGGCAGUGUCUUUUGUUUGUAGUUUUUAUUACUGUGUUUUAUUUUCCCUUUUUCUUUCACCUUUUGUUUUCAUUAUUAUUUCUCAGCACCUGCGCAUGCUGCCUGAUAUAAGUGCAACCGCUUUACCAUCGUUGGUAUUGGGGAUAGAAGAACCAGUGCCACCUGGUGGUUAAUAAUGGAAAGAAAAGAAUAAUAAAACUGGGCACCAGAGAGGUGUUUCAAUUAAAACCUUCUGUCUCCCAUGUCAGUGAAUUCCCACACCCUCCCACAGGGACAAAUAAAGCCCCCCCCCCACCAUUUACUCAUCUGUCCCAAUACUAUUUGGAGUGGAGUGGAGAUGUAGUAUCCUUGUGAUAAAAUCAUGCUAAUGCUAAUUCUGAGAAUCUAGCCCUGUGUUGUAGGUGCAGCCCCCUUCUUCAGAUCUCCAGGCGUUUCUGUUUAACAUACACUGCUUCUUUCUCUCAUUGUGCAGAGCGGGUUUGUUGUCCAGAGAAGUGGAUGCAGUUCAAUGGAAAGUGCUACUACUUCUCACCUGAUACAAUGAACUGGAACUCCAGCCGGGCUAUCUGUGUGUCAAUGGGAGCAGACCUGGUGAUUAUAGAGAGCGAGGCAGAGCAGAAAUUCUUAUCAGAGAAUGCUAAAACGGAUUCUUACUGGAUUGGCCUGACGGACGCUGUUACUGAAGGAGUCUGGCUCUGGGUGGACGGCACUCUUCUCAAUGACAAGGCACAAUUCUGGGCCACAAGGACACAUGAUAGUGGUAAAGAGCCUGAUGACUAUAAUGGAGAGGACCCGUCUGGUGAAGACUGUGCACAACUACAAACAAACAGGAAUUCCAAAAAAACCUGGUUUGAUUCUUCAUGCAAAAAGCAAUAUAAAAGGAUUUGUGAAACUAAGGCAGUUUAUUAAGAGGAUAUGACAGGUUGACCGAGUGACGACGUCCCCAGAGCAGAAAGCUGACACAGACACACACAGGCAGGUACUCGGGUGAAAGCGCUGGUGCGCGCGUAUUUAUUUAAAAAUAAAAUUAAACAAAAAAAAAAACAGAGCAAAAUAAAUAUUUAAACCAAAACAAAUCACGAACACAUAAAAACAAAACGAUACCUAGGUCAGGCUGGGCAGUCGCCUUCACUGAUCCUGUAGUACUCGAGUUUUAUUUUUACUUUCGUUUUUCACCCGUCUCACUCUCGUUCCUCCUCUCAAACACCCACCCUGAACACAGAAACAGACAGGUUCAUAUACUCGAGGCCAUCUCCGAAUCAACAUCCAAUUAAUUAAUUUCGAGACGGACACAUUCUGCACGAGAGUUUUGGUUUGCGUGGCCGACAGUCAAUUUGUCAAUAAUCACUGACUGCUGACCACGCAUUCUCAUGAGCUGUCUGUCAGAGACGAGCUGCUAACACCGCCUGUACCAGACCACAUUCAAACCAAUAAUAAACAAAACACUCGUCUUUUAAAUAAACACAAAAUCCCUUUUGCCAACACAUUCACUCAUGCUACAUAAACACAACCCAAUACAUGAUUUCCAGGCAGGGCUUUG